AUGGCUGACGAGUCUCCCAGUCUCUACGACCUAAUUGAGGAGCUCGGAUUUCCUCCAAGCGAGCACCAAUUCCUGCUUCGUCUUUUCGGCUCAUCCGACCCAUUUGCUGGGCUUCCUGGUGCAGACCUAGAGGCUAAUCACAGCUCUACCAGCAUUGCCCGCAGACUUGCAUCUACUAGGCUCUGGCAAGAUAUUCCUCCGUUUACUAGGUGGAUUUCCCUAACUAACCUACCGCAUCACAGUGAACGCGCCAAUCAGUUUCGUCUACGAUCCACCAACAAUCAUCCUUGUAACUUUCGUGAAGGUUCAGAGGGCAGAGACCUGGUUCACUACGAAGAAGAGUGGACUUCCCUCAUAGGCACCGAUUCAGAAUCUCUGUUCUCCGAGUUACUUCAACAGCUUGCAACAGAAGACGAGCCUCACUGCCUUGAGUCCCCUGAGCUUCCUGGACAUUCCAAGGCAUCUGAGAACAUUGCACGCCCCGGAUCCGUUGAACCCCCGAGCUCAUCAGUCUAUGACAGCGAAACAGGUGAGCCACCCAACCCUGUUGAUAACCUCAACGAGACCCCUGGAACCCAAGGCAAUUGCGAAGCCUCCCAGGACCCGAGAACUCCAAAUCAGCCUGGGAGUUUUGAGCAGCUACUUGAAUCAUUUCCAAGACCUCCCAGUCACAAUCACACGGCCAGGGACCAAGUUUUAUCCCACCUUGAUCCUAACGCCGAACGAGUGCCACCGAAAGACAGUGCCCAGGCUAAUACGUCGACGCUCACCAGCAGUCAGAUCAAACCUGCGACCAGCCUACCUCGGAUUCCUCGUUUCUCUGAAGAUUUUGGGGACAGUACCCCGAUCGGAAAGCAAGAUUCUUUUAGCAGUUGUGCCAAAGCUGAUACAUCUGCUCUCGACACAAGUGGGCUAAGGAAUACAUCAACUACUUCUUCUAGAAGCUCCCCGCCUCCUUCUAACGACACUUCAACCAUCCUCAACACUCGGAACGUUUCCCCUCAGAUCCCUUCCCUGUCUCCCAGCGUUCCUUCCAGAGAGUUACAUCUCCCCAUUGACCGUCACGAGGGACAACAAGUGGAUCUUGAAAGCUCUCACCAGACCCAGGAGCGCGCAAAUCGGUACACCUACGCCAUUUUCCCUGAAUACUCCUCACGAGUUCGUCCGAUCAGCUUCGUGAUCAGAAAACAGCACUCCUUUCGCAGUAUAUUCGAAGGGCGCGCUACACCUACAGCUUCCCCUCGAUAUUACCAGAAGACGCCUCUUCAUAUCUCUACUCGUCCGUCAACAGUUUCUUUCGCCUCUGCAAAAAGGGGCACAUCAAAGCGCAAGAGAGCCUUGAAGCGCUGUGUUAAAAAGCUCAAGCACCUGCUGUGUCGAAGCCGCAAACGCACUCCAUCCACCCCCAAUCAUUAA